UGGCCUGACAAAUUCAUGAAACGAGUCACUUACGUUUGUUUGGCACCUGUACUUAUUCCUAUGUGGGUUACCAUACCCGAUGUGCGUCGACCGGAAAGUCGAACCUGGUAUCCGGUAACGUUUGUGAAUUCGAUCCUAUGGAUUGCUUUCUUCUCCUAUUUGAUGGUAUGGUGGGCAAAUACCAUCGGAGAAACGUUAGGCAUACCAACCGAGGUGAUCGGAUUAACGAUACUUGCGGCCGGUACGAGUAUUCCAGAUCUCAUUACCAGUGUAAUUGUGGCACGCAAAGGCUUAGGAGACAUGGCUGUGUCGAGCUCAGUCGGAAGUAACAUAUUCGAUGUUUGUGUGGGGUAA